AUGCGUCUUGACCCCCGUCCCAGGACGUCAGAAGUACGCCGCUCAGACCCAAUUGGUCAAGUCUAUGCACUGGGCAACGCUGGCGGUCACCACAUGAACGAGUCGUACGCAGUCCGUUCCACGCCUGCUCUCGCACCGCGCACCUCAUCUCGACAGUCGACCCAACGCACAUCUUUCUUUGGUCGCCGCAUCCAGGCACCUACCCCCGCCCCCGCCCCCGCCCCCGCCCCAGCGCGCUCAUCAAGACCAGCUACAGCAUCAGCCAUGGCCGGACUCUCACGAGACGGAAAGAAGGUUGGCGCAAACCGUGUUGGCACAUGGCUCACUUACAUCCAGGUUGACGCCGAAGCGAUCAAUACUGCGCCCAGAAAUGUCGAAGUGGAUGACUGGAGGUGCGAUGGCACCAUGAUUGGCAUUGAUUAA